AAUGAUAACAGAGAUGUAAUGUAAACAUUACAUAUUGUAAUUUAAACUCAAUAGUGUUUUAAAUAGUGGCGCGAAAACAGUGACGUCAUUAACUCCUUACAAAGAAGUAGAAGAAUACAGCUGGAAGGGAGUGGGAGGGCCAUGUGCUUGGUUGUCAAACAGUAAUCGCCCGGCAACCAGUGAAGGUUGAAGGUACAUUUAAGACAGUGAAGCUUAAGUUUUUAAGAAGCCCCCUCUAGAUGUUUGGUUUAAAACGAUUAUGGGAGAUGGAGCAAACAGAGCCUGCAGAAACAUUCAUGAUCAGACCUAACUGGGUUGAGAGGCAGAGGCUUGCUAAAGCGCUGAUGGAAGGGCGGACACCACUCUCUUCAGUUGACUAUUUGGACAGUAUUGCAAAACAGGAUAUUGCCUUGAAUAAUAAUGUGGCCUCUGGUCAUUUAAGUUUAACCCAGAGGGUUACUGAACUGUUGACACGAGUUAAAGGUAUUAAGACAUCGGUAGCUGCUGAAGUAAUUGGUGUUACCGAAGCAGAAAUCCUACCUUGUCUUCAAACAUCAGGAGUCCUUGUCCAGGGAGUCUGGGUGCUCAGGUCCGAUCUCAGGUAUGUUGGUGCCCACCAUGCAGUGCCACAGGAAAUGCUGAUUCGUGCUAGAGAUUAUGUGUUGCUUCAGUAUUUUGAAGGGCGUGCUAUUGAAAGAGUCAAGCUUGGAGAAAUUAUUAGACUGCCUCCUGAAGUUAUCUUAGAAAUAGUUUCCGAAGUAGGUAAACUUAAUCAGCAUAAGGCUUGGAUAUUCUGCCAACCUCAAGAUGUAAGGUUUAUGACCAGAUACCCAGAAAUCGUCGAGCAGCAAGCCCUCUUAUGGGAAGCUAGAGCCAAUCAGGUCACUGAAGGAUUGACAGGUCGAAGGAGGAGAAGAGACUCUGGCAGGAAAGGUAGAGGCAAUUCGUUAUCAGAAGAUGAUUCUGAUACUACCAAAAGAGGACGUAAAAAAAGUGAAUGUGAUAUAAAACCUGAUAUAGCAACUCUUGUGGGUCUGAAGUCAUGACAUCUAUUUCAUUAGAUGUUUUCAAUGUGAAUAUAAUGUUGUAAAUACAUAUUUAUGGAAAAUUUAUAUUCAUUUACUGUGUAUAAUCAUGUCUUCUGUGAAGACACACUUUAAUGUAGAUAUGUUUUGUUUUGCUGUUAAACAUUAAUGAAUUGUAAAUGGUUGCCUGUUUAUUUAUUUAUUUAUUUUUUUCAAUAUUUUCCCACCUCCUUUAAAUUUAUAUUAUUCCAGAUUUAAAAAAUAUAAAAAGAAACUUAAUGAAGAAAGAAAGUGUAAUAAAUAAAUAAUACCUUCAACAUAAGGUUUUAUUCAACUCAUAGAAUACAACAUUAAUGAAUGAAUGAUAUUUUAAAAACAUAUGUUAAUUUAAAUUUACUCAACUUCAUAACAUUCACCCCACCUUAUUCAUUUAAGAGGUCACACAGUCUUUUAAGUAUGAGGGAGGUCUUCUAGUUCUUGAGCUAGCUCAUAGUAGAGACCUAUCCUCGGAAGGAUUAUUCACUGCUUGCCCUUGGUAUUCGUUUUGUAUAUUAUACCCAUAGAAGUCAUCUUCCUGAACAGGUGGUACAACUACCAAACCAGGUCUGACGUGUUCCUCCGCUUCAGUGACGAUAGGUGCCCCUUGAUAGCUAUCUACCUCCUCGUCAUAUACAGUAGAAUUUCUGUUGCUCCCGAUAGGAGCAAGAUAUCUGGUCGAUACUGUUGUUUCCCUUCUUUCUGGAUAGCGAAUUUGAGCAUACUCAACAUUACCAUCCAAGAGGGUUACUUCCUCUACAAGAGGAUCAGAUUUUGAAUGGCGAAUAAACUGUUUUAAGAAAACAGGCCCAGAGUUCAUAAGCCAGCUGGGAAGUGAUUCUCCAUUCCUGGUACGUCUGGGAUUAUUGAACAUCUUUUCAUGCGGUGUCUCAUUAGUUGCUGUACAUAAUAGAGAACGCAUAGAAUGUAGAUACUCAGAUAAAACUGAUUCCCAUUUAGUUACCGGAAAGUGUUUAGACUUGAGCGCAAGUAGUAUUGUCUUACAGAUAAUUCCGUUGUACCUUUCAACUUGGCCGUUGCCUUGUGAAUUGUAAGGAGUUGAUCUACAGGAUGCGAUGCCUUUAGAUAAGAGGAAUGUUUUUAAUUCAUGUGAAAUUAAACUGGAUGUAUGCAGGAGCGCCAAAAAGGUAAAACAAUUGAGUCAGAGCACGAUCACAGAAGAUGUCAUAUCUCGGCAAGGAAAAGCGAAGGGGAAUCGAGAAUAUUCAUCUACCAUCACUAGAAGGUACUUGUUUCCGUUAGAAUUUGGUAGAGGUCCCUUGAAAUCAAUGUUUAGGCGUUCGAACCGUGAAGUAGCUUUAAUCAAUUUCCCUUGAUGUUUGAAGAAUCCUGGCUUUAUCUCACAUGAGGUCACUCUUUUGAUCAUCUCAAAAGAAAAAGGUAAAUUUUUAAUACAUUCUCCUGAUUCUAGGAUGACACAAAGAAACAUGUAACCACUGAAGUCAGCUAUCUGAAUCAUCCAUACUUCUACAAAUUCGAGAGUGCAUCUAAACAUAACAGAACAUUCGAAAACAACAUUGUUUAUAGAGAAGAUUUAGAGUUUGUUUACAAAGAGAACAUUUUACAUAAAAAUUGAUUUAAAUUUAUUUUUUAUUUGCUUAUUCAUAACAUUUAUUUAAUAUGAUAAUAAAACACAUGAUGAAUCAAA